AUGGCCAAUGUGAUUGUCGUUGCAGGAGCCGGCGUGAGCGGUCUCACUUCAGCGCUUCUCCUUUCGAAAAACAAGGACAAUGUGAUUACCGUGGUCGCGAAGCACAUGCCUGGUGACUAUGACAUUGAAUAUGCCUCGCCUUGGGCCGGAGCAAAUGUCCUGCCGAUGGCCACGGAAGAGAAGAGCAGAUGGGAGCGCCGUACUUGGCCGGAGCUGAAGCGCCUGACGGAAGACGUCCCCGAAGCAGGCAUCCAUUUCCAAAAAGCACGCGUGUUUCGACGAAAGAAGGACGAAUCGGCUCCAGGCGUUCAUGUAGCAGAUCCUCUCUUCUCCGCGAACCCAUGGUACCAAUCCGUCCUCCCGGACUACCGCGAACUGGGUCCCAACGAAGUCAUCCCCGGCCACGAUUCCGGUUGUGAAUUCACGAGCCUGUGCAUCAACACGGCCAUCUAUCUCCCCUGGCUCGUGGGCCAGUGUCUCAAGAACGGCGUCGUCUUCAAAAGAGCCGUGCUGACCGACAUUCGCGAUGCCAAGGCCCUGAGCCACACCGGUCAGCCAGCAAAGAUCAUUGUGAAUGCCACGGCGCUGGGGUCGCUGAAACUCGGUGGUGUCAAGGACGAGACGAUGAUGCCUGCGCGAGGACAGGUUGUCGUUGUACGGAACGAGUACCAUCCCAUGAUAGCCACGUCUGGGACCGACGAUGGCGCCACGGAAAUCACAUACAUCAUGACCCGCGCGGCGGGCGGAGGGACGAUCCUGGGAGGGACGUACGACGUGGGUAACUGGGAGUCUGUGCCUGAUCCAAACGUUGCCGUGCGCAUCAUGAAGAGGGCCGUGGAUGUUGCGCCUGGGUUGACGGGCGGGAAGGGGAUCGAGGGGCUGAGCGUGAUUCGGCAUGGUGUUGGGCUGAGGCCGUAUCGGAGGGACGGGGUGAGGAUUGAGGCGGAGGAGAUGAAGGGGGAUGAUGGGGAGACGGUGGUUGUUGUGCAUAAUUAUGGGCAUGCGGGAUGGGGGUAUCAGGGGUCGUAUGGGUGUGCGGAGAGGGUUGUCGAGUUGGUGGAGGGGAUUGUGAGGGGAUGA